UGUUAUUGUUUGAUUUUCGUUGAAGUUAAAUGUCUUUAUAUAAUUAAAAUUUCAAAUCAUAUUUAAUACUGAAGAAUACUUCCGUUACUAUGAAAGUUCUGUUGCAUCUGGGAGAAAAAGCACUACUUCUCCUGUGAGAAGACAUAGAUUUUAUUUUAAAUAGAAUAGUGUACUGGGAAAGUUUAAUCAAAAAUGAUUAACUGUUAUCCACAAUAUUCAAUUUUAAAAAGCAAGAUAGUGGAAGAAGCUGGGCAUUUUUUCAGCUUGGAGCAAAUCAAAGAAUAUUUUGCUGCUGUCAUUAAUUCCAGGCGUGCUCUUAGCAAGGUGAAAUCAUUAAUGUGCAUUAUUCGCCUUUUGGAAGAGAGAGAUGUCUUAAAUUAUAGAAAUGUGACCUGUUUGGAACAACUUGGUGAUCUCCUUAAAAAUAGCAAAAUUAAAAACUUAGUACAUUUUUAUAAAAAGCUCUAUCUGUAUGAAGAAGAACAAUGCAUUUGUGGUAUACAAUCCAGUUUUCAACCAGAUCCUGUUCCAGUGUCUCAGCAGCCAGACAAUCAUCUUUUUCAGAAUAAAAAUCACAUGCUUAAUGAUCUUAAAGAUGCUCUAAAAAAUAUAUCUCUCCGUGUUGGGAAAGUAUGGCCAUAUCUGGCCAGAGAACUUGGCAUUGAAGAAAUCUGCAUAGAUCGCAUACGUGCUGAAUUUCCUAAGAACUUUGAACGACAAGCACAAGCAGCUUUGCACCUGUGGCUUAGCAGAGAGAAGGAGAAUGCUUCCAUUGAACGCCUUGAUGCUGCCCUUAAUGGAAGGCAUUGUUUACGUCAUGGAUUAGGUACAUUUUUACGUGAACCAGGUUUUGUUCCAAUGUAGCUAGAUUUGAACUUUUCCUCUUGACAUGAACAUUCAUGGUAUAUAUUGAGCUUGUAAAUAUUUUGAGCUUUAAAUAUAAUGUAUAGAUGUUGAAAAUUUUGUAAUAGAUUUUAUUGAAGCUUCAUAAAUGUAAGUGGCAAAUAUGUGCUAAAAUUGGAAGGAUGCAAAAAAAUAUUAGCAUAGUAAUUAAUUCUAUAUGUAAGUUCUAAAUCACAUACAUAAACAUAUGUUAUAAAAAUUUCUGUUUAUUGAAUUAUGGCAUUUUCAGGCUGCCAAUAUAUACAUAAUUUAAUACAUUAUUGAUAUCUGUUCAUUUAUUUCUUGGAAAUUCGGAAACCAAAAUAUAAAUUACUCAAAAGUGUGUCAUUUAUUACAUUAUGAUUAUUGAUCGUCAUAAUGUAUUAAACAAUAUAUUAACAAUAUUGCCAUUGUAGGGUAAUCAAUGUUUUAGGACUGUUUGUUAUUCAACAACAAAAAAAAACAACCCUGUUUUAUUUAUAACUAGCCGCCUUUGGCGACCAGCCGGUUCGCCAAUCUUAAUUCUCGUUAAAAUUUUAAUAAUUAAAUAUUUUAUGUAACUCCUAUUUUAAUAGUUUCUUCAUCAAAAUAUUUUAAAGCUUCAAAAUUAGGUAGUCAUAUAAUUCACUCAUAAUGUUAUAAAGGCCUUCAUCCGUAACAUAAUAUGUAUCUUCCAAAUUUUCUGUUAAUUCCCGUAGAAUUUAUGCUUUCAGUUAAAGUGGAAAUGAUUAAAGUGCAAUUGAUAUCAUUUUUUUUUUUUACUGAAACGAAGCUUAUUUUUUUAAUAUGAGUACUGAAAACAAAAGUGGAAAUGAUUAAAGUGCAAUUGAUAUCAUUUUUUUUUUUUUUUUACUGAAACGAAGCUUCUUUUUUUAAUAUGAGUACUGAAAACAGAGUCGCUGAGUAUUUAAAUCUUAUGGGCACUAAAGAAUAUCUUUCUUAAUUUAUGUAUUAUCUUAAGAACUUUUCAACAAAAUUUUCUCAGAUUCAUCUUGAACAGAUCGAUUAAUUAACAGUGUUUAGUUUUAAAUGCAUCAAACACUAAGAAAAUAAACAGAAGCGUUUAAAAUAAUUGGUCAAAAACAGGUUAAAAAAACUACUUAAAAAACAACUAUAAGCAUAUACAAAAAAUAUAUAACUAACAUAAAUACAAUUUAAUUACAAAAGCAUGCCACUACUCAGCAUCAACUCAGAAUCCGAUGAAAAUAGUUCUCAACAAUCAUAACACAAUGCGCAUGCGUGAAUUUUCAACGCCAGUUAUGGUAACGCAAAUGCGUGAAUGUUUACGCUAGUUGGGGUAACGCUAUGCAGAUUUGAAAUUUUUAAUUUAAUGUAUUCUGUUUUAUUUUAAUUCAAAAGUACUUUAGAAUAAAUCUGAAAGAUCGAUUAAUUAACAAUGUUUAAUUUUAAAUGCAACAAAUAUUAAGAAAAUAAACAGAAUCGUUUGAAAUAAUCGGCUGAAAAUCUUUAAGCCUGACCUGUUUAGAGUGGGAAAAAAAACUGGUCUUACUCAUUUGUCGGCGGGGAAAAUGAGAAGAUUUUUUUGGUGGGAAAGUUAGUUUUUAAUUAAUAAUUAAAAUUCUAAUUAAAAAUUCCAAAAAAAAGACCCCAGGUGCACAUUCCCGACCUGCAAGGUAUAUAUGUACGAAAUUUGGUAACUGUAGGUCAAACGGUCUGGUCUGUAGAGCGCCAACACACACACACACACAUUGAGCUUUAUAUAAGCAUAGAUGUAUUGUAAAAAUUAUCUUAUGUAUUGCUAAAGCGGCAGAAUGUCAUUUUAAAUCUUUUUUUUAUUUGAAAUUAGAUUAUAUGUAUUUUAUGUAAGUUAAUAUUCCAUACCUAUCAUCCACAAUUUUUUUUUUUUUUUUUGACUUAUGCUAAAGUGUUUCUACAAUUUUUUUUUUUUUUUUUUUUUGAAAACUUAAAAAGACUUUUAAAAAGGAAAAUUUCUUAAUCUUAGCAAUUAUAAAAAAGAUUGAUAAUGUGAAAUGCAAAAUUGAAUUCAUGCUCAAUUCUGCUACUAACAUAAAUUCACAGCAUUUACAGAAAUAUUAACAUAUUUAUUUCUAUUAUUUUACGAGCCUUAUAUUAAACAUUAAAGAAACCUUAAUGUAACAUUAAAACCUUAAUGUAAAUUUGUCUUUCUGAUAAAGAGGAACAUUUCGUAUGUAAAAUAUGCCAGAAUUGAGGAUUCCAAAUAUAAAUGUGUAAAAAUAAAUU